AUGAAACACAAUCGUAGGUUCCUUAUGUUCUCUCAUUUAACUCUGCUACUGUUACUUGUCUUAACUAUCAUAGGAAAUGGACACAGUGAUGAUUGUCCAAAGUCAUUUGAUUGUGGAAAUCUUGGGUUUAUUAGCUACCCUUUUACCAAGGUUGGAUUCCCAAACUGUGGUGCAUUGGCAAUUCAAGGUUGCGAUGAUCCUAACAAAAAUGCAAUGAAGACGAUCCAUUUAACCAAAGGAGGAAAACACUUUCAAGUUACAAACAUUGAUAAUACCUGGUCCAAGGGCAACCCUAUUUCCAUUAUUGACCAUGAGUUCACCAACCUUUUGAAUAAAAGUGCUUGUGAAGUCUACAACGAUGUUAAUAUUAGCCUCCCUCCUCCCUCUCAUUUCGGAACUUUUUAUUUGAAAGACAAUAUAACUGCUUUCAAAUGCAACAGUACCAAAAAACUAGUCACCAACCCUCCAAACAAUUUCUUCAAAAAUAGUUCUUGUCCGAACUAUGAUUUUUAUUUCGGUGAUUCAAUAUCCGAUGGUGAGUCUAAUCGCUCUUUCACAACGUGCUCGUUGCGUCAUCUUCCUGUCGUUGAACUAGGCUUUGCACUUUCUGGUAACCCAUAUCCGUUCUUAGCUCGUGAUAUUACCUAUCAGUUUCAACCUUCUGAAGAGUGUGAACGGUGUUACCAUAAUACAAAACGUCAUUGUCGUGCUCACAACAAUGGAGAAGUUUAUUGCCCAGGGAAGGGUAGAAGUUCAAAUUGGAAGCUACGAUUGGUUUUAGGAGUUAGUGUUGGACUAUGCAUCAUCAUCAUAGUUGGAUUGUUCCACACGUUAUGGCACUUCAAACGGAAAUAUGGCCUUGCUCACAUCCAACACCAAGCUUGCAACAACAUUUCUGCUGACUUCCAUGCAAAUCGUGAAAUGGAGUCCAACAAGCUCUUCUUCGGGGUAUCUGUCUUCUCGUAUGAAGAGCUUCGACAAGCAACAAACAAUUUUGACCGCAGUAGAAUGCUAGGAGAUGGAGGUUUUGGCGCUGUUUACUAUGGGAAAAUCAAAGAUGGGAGGGAAGUUGCUGUCAAACACUUAUUUGAGCAUAAUUACAGAAGAGUAGAACAGUUUGUGAAUGAAGUCGAAGUACUCGCUCGCCUGCACCAUAGGAAUCUAGUGUCCCUCUAUGGCUGCACUUCACGUUACAGCCGUGAGCUACUCCUUGUAUAUGAAUACAUUCCAAAUGGAACUGUCGCUAGCCAUCUUCAUGGUAAUUUAGCUAGGGCCGGUUUGUUGACAUGGCCUAUUCGAAUGCAAAUUGCAAUAGAAACUGCUUCUGCAUUGGCUUAUCUACAUGCUUCCGAUAUCAUUCAUCGUGAUGUCAAAACCAACAACAUUCUACUUGACACUAACUUUUCUGUUAAGGUGGCCGAUUUUGGACUAUCGAGGUUGUUUCCAAACAAUGUCAGCCAUGUUUCCACAGGUCCACAAGGAAGUCCAGGUUACCUUGACCCCGAAUACCUCCAACUCUACAAACUCUCGAUGAAGAGUGAUGUCUAUAGUUUUGGCGUUGUGCUCAUUGAGCUAAUAUCAUCUAUGACAGCAAUUGAUUCCUUCAGGGAAGGAGAGGAAAUUAACUUGGCAAGUCUAGCAGCUAAGAAAAUAAGAAAAGGUGCAAUUGGGGAGCUGGUUGACCCAUUACUUGGUUUUGAAUCAGACAGUGAAGUUAAAAGGAUGAUUACUUCAGUGGCAGAAUUGGCUUUUCAGUGUGUGCUUGGAGACAUGGAAUUAAGACCUUCCAUGGAUCAAGUUUUGCAAGAUCUCAAGAAAAUUGAUGGUGGGAAUUUUGAGUUUGAUCAUCUUGAGAAAGUACAUGAUUAUGCUGGCUCCUCGCAGUCUGGAGAAGUAAAUUCACCAAGAGUUGGAACUUCAAUCAAUAAGAAGCAAGAGGGAUCAACUUCACCAAAGUCAUUGACUGAGAAAUGGGAAAGUGAAUCUACUACUCCCAAUGUUAGUGGUUGA